AUGUUUAGUUUCUUAGAAUAGCCACUGGCGCUAAAGUCGCAGUUGUUGCCAUUCAACUCGCGUGGUGUUUGUUAUUUUCUUUUUUUUCUCAAAUAAUGGCAAAAUUGUUAGCUUACUAUACCUUGUGUCCUGUGAAUGAUCGACGGGAUUUUCUGGGAGUCUCGGCGGAUGCUGAAAAUGGUGCUAUCAUUAAUACCCUUGGGAGGAAUAUCGUUGUAAUCACAAAGUUGAGUGACCAGAAGCAAAUUCGCAGCUGGACUGUUCUGGAGAAACUUUCCAACAAGGUGGUGUACGAUGGAAUAUCGAGGAAAUACGUCGGGGUGUUUGGACAACGGAAUAUAAAAUGCUGGACGGAUUCUGAGACAAACCUCAAGAAAAUCCGGAAAAUUAAGUUGCAGAAAAACGUGAAAGAUCUUGUAGUUUUUGGGGAAAACAGGGAGACUUUAGUGAUCUUUGAGGAUGGGAGUUGUGCGUCACUUUCCGCGGUUCUUACUGGAGAAGAUCUUUCCGGAGAGGGUAUCUUAGGGCCUAAUCAUGAUAUUGAGUACCCAAGAGUAUUUUCUACAAUCCCUGGAGAGGAGAUACUUACGUUUUUUGCUAGAAAUCUCGCCACUAAAUCUGUGGAGUUGAUUUACUUUGGUCUCAAUGGGGCUUCCCGGACCCCAGGGAGUCCCGUGAGAAUCCACCUUGACCGGGGCGAGGUGAAAUUAGUGGGAUAUACUGUAACUGAGGGUCCUCAGUUGAUUACAAUCUGGUCAGAUAAGAGAAUCUUCCGGAAAGGCUUGACAUUGGAAAAGGAGGCAGAAGAUGGUCCGGGACAAUUUAUUGCCAUGCUGAAUGCUGUGAGUGUGGAGCAUCCUCUGAGUGUGGUCAGUGUCUCCUCAGACUAUCUGGCUAUCUAUGGGGCGAAUGCAGGCCAGGAAGGCUCAUCCCUGAUCCUCUAUAAUCUUCAUUUCAACGUCGUCCAAGCUAAGCAAUUUUUCAAAGUUUACUUCAGUAACUCCAGCAUUUCCGUCGUGGACAGCAAUAUCCUCUUGGCUGCUGGUCAGACUCUUGCUGUUGUGCCCUUUAGGAUAUCCCGGGCCCAGUUGGCUGACAUGGUGGGCAGUCAGAGGAGCCCUCAGGGGAUUACAGAAGUCGAUAAGGACUACAUAAAUGAGGAGGAUGAACUUGAGCAGGCAAUUGAAUGGGAUUCCCAGAAGUUUCAGUUCGAAGAUGAACCGGAAGAAAAAAUUGUGCAGAGGGUACAUUCCAAGAGGUAUCUCUCACGAGUGACUUCUGAGGCGGAGAUAGAGGAAAAAUUGAGUGUGAUGAAGAGGCGGGAUUUUGUGGUGGAAUUUGUUGAGAGAGAUGGCCAGAAGGAGUUGGAUGUGAAGGUAUUUUCAAAUCCUCAUGCCAGCAGCUUUUCCAGGGAGGAAUUUGAGCUCCUGGCGAGAGAAUUGGAAGCUUCAGGAGCUUCGGAAUUUGAGAUUUCCAGCAAGAUGAUUUCUCUAGCAAUUUCCGGGAAUGCAAUUGACGAGGCUGUGAAUUGCCUGAGACGCUACAGUUGCAUUCCGGAAAGGAAAUUGGUUGAUUGUCUGGUCCAUGCGGUUACAAAGAAGAACUGGGACCUCAUGCGAGUUGUGUUCAGCGUGGAUUUCAGCCAUCAGAUUCUAGUUGAAGAAUUGCGGAGUCAGUUGAGUGUGGAAUUUGUCAAUCCUCUGCUGAAGCGUCUCCUGAAAUUUCUCGAAAGUUCGGAAUUGGAAGAACGUCCGCGAAUUGGAGGGAGAAUUUGGGAUGGGGACGAAAAGAUGCUGGAGUGGUUUACAGCCAUCCUGGAUGCUCACUAUCAUCACUUGGUCAUGUGCGGGGAUCCUGAGAUUGAGAAAUCUCUGAAACUCUGGCGGAAAGUUCUCUGUCGCUACUGGAAUGGGAUUUGCGAGAUGAAGAACUUCUCCCCAAUUCUCUACAGCAUCAGUCAGAACAGAGCCAUGACAGAGAGACAGAACACAUCCAAAUGGUACUCGAUAGAGACGGUGCAACUGUACUAGCUUACAAUAAAGUGAUUUUUACGAUA